AUGCAAUUACAACGCAAAACUCCUCAGGGACUAGCAGGAAUACUGCAAUCACCUAAGCGAGACGAGGGCAAUAUACCAGCAAUAUGUUCUGAGCAGUGUAGUAUGUCCCCUCCUCCAUCGCACCUAGAACAGAGUAUCCAGCUUACUCAGUUUUCUAGAUACAACCCUACUAAACGCCCAAGCGAUAGGACAAGUCCCCGCUCUAUGCGCAACAACAGAAUCAUCCUUCCUCACGGACUACGGCAUCUGUAAAGCAUGCGCAGAGAACAACAGCUCUGAACAAGACUCCCCUUCAGGACUUCCAUCAAAGACACCAAAAGACAAUGAUCUCCCACAAUUCAAACCUUUCCUCGACUACUGUGCUACGCAAAUUCCACAGGCAACACAGAUACCAAUACCAACAAUCUUCACAACAGGACCUAUUCCUCCCGGUGCGACAGCACAAGCCACGUCCCUAAAGAACUUUGAAACUGCCACCGAAACGACGACAGGAACACCCUUCGCAACAAUCCUCCCUACAUCACCAUCCCCAAUAGGUACACUCCAAGCCACCUUCAAAGUACCCCUCCCGCUCUCAAGCCACCACCCCCUCUCCCCCCCACCUCCCACAUCACCUACACGAGAAACCCACGCCUGGAUCAUAGGUGCCGUAGCUGGUACAGCAGUCGGGGCUCUCAUCCUGCUCAGCUUCCUCUUCCAGAUCCAACGACGACAAAGGAAGUUAGCACGGGCACGGGCACGUGGACGACGGGCCAUGGACGAAGACCCAGGAUCUUUGGGUCGAAAUGAGAAAGGUGGUGUGUAUAUGAUGCCAGCUGGAAAGAAACCCCAGCUAGAUGGUGAGAAGCUGGUUAGACAUGAACCUGCUACCACGUCCCUUGAUGGCGUGUUGGAGAUGCAGGAUAGAGAUGUUGGAUCGGAGGUAUCUAGCUGUAGCACGGUGUGUGGGGAUAGGGGGUGGUAACGGGUUUUGUUUCAUUAAAGACUCAGAGGAGAGACGUCCUACUUAGUAGAGAAGAAAGAUUACAGAGAUUCAGAGAAUCCAUUCUCUUUCCGUCAGCGUAAGUUUUUUCAAACAUAUCAUCACCCCAGAGAAUCUAGGACAACGACUUCAAAUACCCUAUUAAGUCCAGCUAAUCAUAUUCACAGCUCCAGAUAACCAAACCAACAAUAUUCGUGAAUGUUAAAUAA